AAGACUGCUGCUGCUGCUUCAAAGCUUCACAGGCUACGCAGAAAACCUGCUCAGCGAGCGAGCCGUCCCCCCGGCGCGGGCAGUGGGACCCUGCAUGUCUGCGGGGCUGACGGCAAGGAGGUACUGGUGCAGCAUGCUGAAACUGGGGGCCUUCUACCAGCAGCUCCUGGCCGAGAAGAAGGCUUGCAGGAAGGAGAUCCCCACACUGCAAUCCACUUCCCAGGCUGGGAAACCUGAGAAGGAGCACUUGAAACACCGCUCACCUGAUGUUUUGGAGUUAAGAACCUCCACAGAAGUUGCCCAGUCCACUUCUCUGCGCCCGUCAUUGAGUGUCUGUGCACCAGACAGCGGUGCCUCGGGCAGCAACCUGCGCAGGGCUGCCUGCAGCAUGGCCGAGAGCAGCCGCAGCAUCCCCACACAGACAACUGGGUCGUCUCUGGGACCCUGCGACACCUGCGCCAGUGCCCAAGCCAGCCUCCGUGAGGUCGGCAAAGGCAUCACCAGCAUCUGCCAGAGCCAGAACAUCCCCUCAGCUCUGAGCAGGUUCCAGGAGAUGGUGGAGGAGAGCACAGGGAGAAGGACCCUCUCUGCAACGGACAUGAGCUACUGGGCCUCAGAGCAGAGCAAGGACCUCUCCCGGAUCAGCAAACACCUCCAGAUGCUGCUGCAGCAGGUCAACCCUCUGAAGUCUGAGCUGGAAGAGUCAGAGAAACAGAAGGACAAGCUGCAGAAACAGGUUGAGGACUUUUCCCGGUUGCUUCAGGCGGAGAAGGAGACCCAAGCACAGCAGAGGAAGGAGGCUGAGCAGAACCUGGAAGUAAAGAACAAAGAGUAUUUAGAGGCUGUAGCCAGGUUGGAGCGGGACAAGGACGACCUACGGAGAGGAGCGGCUCUGCUGGAAGAGCGACUCUCUGCCUUAAAGGAGGAGCUGGCUGCGAAGCAAGCUGCUGUGCAGGAGCUGGAGGUGACCAAGACGACCUUGUUGGAGGAGAUGAGGACCACGAUGGUGGCCAGGAGCCAGGUGCUGGAGCUGGAGGAGAAGGUGCAGCUACUCACCAGCCAGCGGGAGAGCCUGGGCCAGGAGCUGAGCACCACCACCACGGAGCUGGAGAAGGAAAAGGCCAAAGUGGAGAGCAUGCUGAGGCACCAGGAGUCCCUGCAGGCCAAGCAGAGGGCCCUGCUGCAGCAGCUCGACAGCCUGGACCAGGAGCGUGAGGAGCUGCAAGCCAGCCUGGGAGAGGCCGAGGAGGACAAGGCCGGGCUGGCAGAGCAGCUGGAGGAGAGCCGGGAGCAGAGCGGGCAACAGCUACGGGCGCAGCAGGAGCUGCUGGACACACUGCAGCGGGAGAAGCUGAGCCUGGAGCAGUCUGUCUCGGAGCUGCAGGCGAAUGUCUCCAAGCUGGAGGAGCAGGCGCAGGAGCUGAAGGAGCGGGAGAGGCUCCUGGUGUUCUUCCCUGAGCUCCACGUCCCCGUUGAGACGCAGUUUGAGAGCACCGGGAACUUGACCAAGGACAUGGAGAAGCAGCUGCAGGCCAACAGCAUCCGGAUUAGCGUGCUGGAGCAGGAGAACGCACGGCUCAGGUCUGCCUUAGCCAAGGUGAAGGCGGCUGCUGAGCAGGGCGUGCUGAAGACCCAGCUGGGGUCUCAGCUCAGCAGCCAGCGCGUCAGGGAGGCCGGCGGGCAGGACGCGGG